UGGUCGGCUCUCUCUCAAAGGUAACCUCUUCCCUCUCUUAGAUCCAAUCUUUCUUGCUUAUAAAACUUGUAAAAAAAAAAACCCAAAUCUCCAUUUCAAUUUACACUCUGUUUAGAAAUAACCCAUAUGGAUAUCGAAACCGGAGAAAGAAUCGGUGCCGGAGAAACCAGUGAUCGGAGCAUUUGUUCUUCUGAGGAAGAAGGGUCCUGCAUUUCUCAGUUCUUCUCCACUUAUGAUGGGUAUUCAUGUUAUGAAGAUCAUAUCUUUGUUAAUAGUGAUUCUGAUCAGUAUGGAAUUCCGGAUUCCCCGAGGAUUUCGGCGGCGGCGGUUUCGAAUUGCUUUGAAGGUGAUGAUGAUGAUGAUGAUGAUGAGAUGGUGGUGGUACAUUUGGAGAAAUUAGUUGUGGAGAAAGAUUGUAGAAUAUGUCAUUUGACAUUGGAUGAUGAUCAUAAUGGUAAUAAUAAUUCUGAUUCUGGAAUUGCAAUUCAAUUGGGUUGUUGUUGUAAAGAUGAUUUGGGUGCUGCACAUAAACAUUGUGCUGAAACUUGGUUCAAGAUCAAGGGAAAUACAAUAUGUGAAAUAUGUAACUCAAUUGCGCGAAAUGUUUUCGAGAAUGAGACGACAACAGUAGUCCAUCAGCGAGAUGUGCAGACAGCUGUUUCUUCUUCAUCUUUGUCUUUACCUUCUUCCUCGGCUGAAGACAGAAGUUGUUUGAAUGGGCACAAGCUAGUGAAUUUCCUUCUUGCUUGCAUGGUUUUUGUAUUUCUUGUAUCUUGGCUGUUUCAUUUCAACAUCCCAACAUAAUUUAACAAGAUCAGUUUCAGUUAAGAUUAUUUGAAUGGUUGGUUUCAUUAAGUUUUAAGAU